GCAAAUCAAAUCGCGGCCUUUGAAAGCAAAACACCGCAGGACCCAGGCAGCCCGGAGCCGGGGAAGGAAUUCAGGAGGCUGUGCCUCCGGGUUGCGAGGCGCCAGCCUCUCUGUCAUUUCUCGGGAACCUCUGAUAGGUGCGCCCGGGAGGAAACGUCUCCGAGCUCCGCAGGAAUCAGGAAACACAUCCCUGGCUGUCCACUGGCAGGAAUUGGCACUUCUCCCAGUGAAGAUGAGGAAAAGGCUAUAGAUCAGCCAAAAGGGCCUCGGAGUGCUGCUUCGGUGUGAGACAGAGAUGGCUGGUGGAAGGGGGUGAGCACCACCAGGGAAGAUGGCUCACCGCUCCGGUGCCACCUAGUGCUGCCCCAGCUCCUGAGCCGGCCCGCGGGAUGUGCGCCUAGACACCAUGGACCGAGCCCACAGCGCGGCCCUUCACCUGCAGCAGCUCCCGCCCACCAGCAGCGCCGACCCCGGGAGCCAGGCCUCCUUCUCCUACAAGGAAAACUUGAUCGGCGCCCUUUUGGCAAUUUUCGGGCACCUAGUGGUCAGCAUUGCACUUAACCUCCAGAAGUACUGCCACAUCCGGCUGGCAGGCACCAAGGACCCCCGGGCCUAUUUCAAGACCAAGACAUGGUGGCUGGGCCUGUUCCUGAUGCUGCUGGGCGAGCUGGGCGUGUUCGCCUCCUACGCCUUCGCUCCUCUCUCCCUGAUAGUGCCCCUCAGCGCCGUCUCCGUGAUAGCGAGUGCCAUCAUAGGAAUCAUAUUCAUCAAAGAAAAGUGGAAACCUAAAGACUUCCUGAGGCGCUACGUCUUGUCCUUCGUCGGCUGCGGUUUGGCCAUUGUGGGCACCUACUUGCUGGUGACAUUCGCACCCAACAGCCACGAGAAGAUGACGGGCGAGAACAUCACCAGGCACCUCGUGAGCUGGCCUUUUCUCCUGUACAUGCUGGUGGAGAUCAUCCUGUUCUGCCUGCUGCUGUACUUCUACAAGGAGAAGAAUGUCACCAACAUCGUUGUGAUUCUCCUCCUGGUGGCGUUGCUCGGCUCCAUGACGGUGGUGACUGUGAAGGCCGUGGCCGGGAUGCUGGUCCUGUCCAUCCAGGGGAGCCUGCAGCUCGACUGCCCCAUCUUCUACGUGAUGCUCGUGUGCAUGGUGGCCACCGCCAUCUACCAAGCCACGUUUUUAAGUCAAGCCUCACAGAUGUACGACUCCUCUCUGAUUGCCAGCGUGGGCUAUAUCCUAUCCACAACCAUCGCCAUCACAGCAGGCGCCGUGUUUUACCUGGACUUCCUCGGGGAGGACGCACUGCACAUCUGCAUGUUUGCGCUGGGGUGCCUCAUCGCAUUCCUGGGCGUCUUCUUAAUCACGCGGAACAGGAAGAAGGCCAUUCCGUUUGAGCCCUACAUCUCCAUGGACGCCAUGCCAGGGAUGCAGAACAUGCAUGACAAGGGGAUGGUGGUCCAGCCUGACCUCAAAACUUCCUUCUCCUAUGGGGCCCUGGAAAGCAACGACAGCAUUUCUGAGAUCUACGCUCCGGCCACGCUGCCCGUCAUGCAGGAAGAGCACGGCUCCAGGGGCGCCCCCGGGGCCCCCUACCGAGUCCUGGAGCACACCAAGAAGGAGUGAGCCCACCCCGCAGGACACCCCCUCCCCGCUGCUCGCCGCUGCGCAAGCUGUGCCCACCGUGGCUCAGCUCUUCGUUCCAGAACUCGCCUCUCAAGCUGUAUUUUUUAAAAGCCGAGAGCUGUGCGGAGGGGGAUCUAGAAAAGGCUUUGUCUCUGGCAGAGGUUGUGUGGAUCCUGGUCUGGGACAUUUCCGAUGUCGGGGUGAGGGGAGAGGACGGAAGCAGUAUUCCCGGGGGGGCAGCCUCUGCCCGGUGAGUCCAGCGGGUUUGGAAAGCCUUCCCGGCCUUGACCUUGGCAACUGGGCUUCCGCAGCCAAUGACCAAAGCUUGCCACAUUCCUCGGAGCUCAGGCCAGCCCGAGAUUCUGCUUGUUCUCACCAAACCCCAUGCAGGCUGGAGACCUCUCAGUCUCGCCCUCCCCACCUCACGUGCAGGCCGCUCCGCUGGCUACCCUCUCACAUGGGAUUCCGUGUUUGCGGUAACGUUUGUGUGGGCGUCCCGUGGCUAGGGGGUCAGCCUGUCGUCGCCUGUAGGAAAUGCACUCUGCCCCCGUUGUCUGUGCCUCCCAGGGGAGUGUGCUGGGCUGGUUAGAGUGGAUCUCCUGGGAAAACUCAUUUGGUUUUGGUUCUGUGAACUACUUGAUAGCUCCCCACCCCCUUGCGAGGAACUGGGAGGUUAAGAGAAGAUGGGGGGGGAGGGGG